AUGACAACAACAUAUCCUAGAAGAUUCGAAAACAAGGUUGCUAUUGUAACCGCUUCUUCAACUGGUAUAGGUUUGGAUAUAUCCAAGAGAUUAGCUUUAGAAGGAGCCACAGUUAUCAUCAACUCUCGUAGCCAAAAGAAUGUUACUGAAGCAGUAGAGAUGAUUAGAUAAUUAGGUGGAAAAGCUGAAGGUUUAGUUUGUCAUGCAGGAAAGCCUGAAGAUAGAUAAAAGCUCUUAUAAUUCGCUAAGGACAAGUUCGGAGGUGUUGAUAUCUUGAUCCCUAAUGCUGCAGUCUCCACCUUCAUGGGUGCUUUCACAGACACUCCGGAAUAGGCUAUGGAUAAAAUGUAUGAAAUUAAUUUUAAGGGUGUUCUCUUCCUUGUUCGUGAUGCUCUUCCCUUCAUGAGAGGUAGAAAAGGAGCUAACGUAAUUUUAGUAAGCUCACUCAGUGGUUAUGAAUAAGAAAACCUAAUUGGUUUUUAUGGUAUCACUAAGACCAUGGUUUUAGUUAUGAAUAAAUUGCUUGCAAGAGAACUUUAAUCAGAUGGUAUCCGUGUUAACUGUGUAGCCCCAGGUGUCAUUAAAACUAAAUUCUCCGAAGCCCUUUGGAAGGACAGAGAAUAACAAACAAUUCUUUCAGAAGGUGUUUCUCGUCUUGGAGUACCAGAAGAUGUAUCAAGUGCAGUUGCUUACCUUGCUAGUGAAGAAGCAUCAUUCAUUACUGGUGAAUGUCUUGCUAUGGCCGGUAAACCUUUAGUUAGAUUGUGA